UCAGUCGAGAAUGUUGUCAAAGAUUAAUAAAAAAAUCUGUUACAUUUAGAAAAACGGAGAGUUUAUGUGUGUGCCUGUGUGUGUAUAUAUACGGUCCAAACUCCAAACUCGAUAGCUUCGCUCCAGCAUCGUCCCAGGUUAUCACUCAUCAGGUCUCCAUGGCUCUCCUGGUUUUGGUCGCUGUACUGGUGUUUGAAGCAGCGGUUCGAGCCGACGGCCAGACAGGUUUCCUAAGUAUCGACUGCGGCCUGGAGGCAGAUGACAGCUACCCAGACGAUCUCACCGGCAUCACUUACGUCCCAGAUGGCCAUUACACCGACGCCGGCGAGAAUCACAAGGUGACCACCGUAUACCGCAAUGCUUGGUGGGGCCCUGACCGUACUCUCUACACGGUCAGGAGCUUCCCAUCUGCCGAGGGUCAGCGCAACUGCUACUCGCUACCCAACGACGUCCGGUCCAAGUACUUGGUCAGGCUGAAGUUCUUGUAUGGCAACUACGACGGCUUGGACAGCUCGUCGCUAAAAUUCAACCUUACCCUUGGUGUCAAACACUGGGACACCGUGAGUAUAGACACCACCGACGGAAAUGAUGGUUAUAAUGUUCACGAAGCGGUGUUCGUGGCAUGGGCGAGCUGGGCGCCGGUUUGCCUCAUCAACAUCGGCCAAGGCACGCCGUUCAUGUCCAUGGUGGAGUUGAGGCCUCUCGGUAUCUUGCCCUACCCGGCUGUCAUGGGCAAUGUGUCACUCUCCCUCUAUGUUCGGAGCAACGUGGGAUCGAGCCCUGAUGAUGACAAAUUAGUAAGGUACCCUGAUGAUCAGUACGAUCGGUUCUGGUCCACAGAUGAAGCCCAUCCCUUGUCGACAAACAUUUCCACCCAAACUACCAUCCAAGCUAGCACCGAAUUUGCGGUGCCCUCGCCUGUUCUCCAGAAAGCCAUUGUGCCGAGUGGCAACUCCAUGAAACUAAACAACAAGUCCCGGGAAUUUACAGUUUCCAUAGACAAUGGUGUGCAGAGCAGCCCAUACAGCACACCGUACCUAAAAGGUUUGUCUGUCACCGGCGGCUGGUCCAGCAAUUCUGAAGGAAAGUAUAACUUCACCAUUGCUGCAACUGCCACAUCAGCUCUGCCCCCGAUCCUUAAUGCUUAUGAGGUCUACGGUCGCAUCAUCCAUGAUAAUCCAACAACGUUCUCCCAGGAUUUUGAUGCGAUCAUGGCUAUAAAAUAUGAGUAUGGAAUAAAGAAGAACUGGAUGGGUGAUCCAUGUUUUCCACCUGAAUUUGUUUGGGAUGGUGUGAAAUGCAGCGAUGCAGGUGAUAAAAUCAUGAGGAUAAUAUCUCUUGAUCUCUCCAACAGCAAAUUGAAUGGGUCGAUAUCUAAUUUUUUCACAUUGUUUACUGCCCUCAAGUACUUAAACUUAUCAUGCAAUCAACUUAAUGGGACAAUUCCAGAUUCCCUCCUCAAAAACAACGGAUCAAUUGAUUUCAGUUAUGAGUCUGAUGGAAAUAUGUGCAAAACACAUGCUACUCCAUCCCUGUCAAGAAAUACCUUAGCUGUUUCAGUAGUGGCCCCAGUGCUGGUACUGGCCAUACUUGUUCUGGCAUAUUUGAUCUGGAGAGCCAAAAGAAAGCUCAAUACUUCUUCAACUGAUCUUGCCAUGGUACCAGAACUCAUGGGUGCUCCUGGACAUAUCACAAAUCAUUGGGACCAUCUACAAAAACCUGAAAAUCGCCGAUUCACAUAUCAGGAGCUAGAGAAGUUUACUGAGAACUUCAAACAUUUAAUUGGGCAUGGAGGCUUCGGGCAUGUGUACUACGGUUGUUUAGAAGACAGUACUGAGGUUGCUGUGAAGAUGCGGUCUAAAUUAUCUUCGCAUGGGCUUAAUGAGUUUUUAGCUGAGGUUCAGAGCUUGACCAAGGUGCAUCACAGAAAUCUUGUUUGUUUGGUUGGAUACUGCUGGGAGAAGGAACAUUUGGCACUUGUCUAUGAGUACAUGUCUAGAGGCAAUCUUUGUGAUUAUCUAAGAGGGAAAACUGGUAUGGGUGAAAUUUUGAAUUGGAAGACACGUGUAAGAGUUGCACUUGAAGCUGCACAAGGCCUGGAUUAUCUACAUAAGGGUUGCAACCUACCAAUAAUUCAUGGGGAUGUGAAGACGAACAACAUUUUAUUGGGUCAAAAUUUUAAAGCAAAGAUAGCAGAUUUUGGACUAUCGAAAACAUAUCAUAGUGACUCCCAGACUCAUAUAUCAGCCGCUGCAGCUGGAUCUAUGGGUUAUAUUGACCCUGAGUACUACACCACUGGUAGGCUCACCGAGAGCAGUGAUGUUUACAGCUUCGGCGUUGUUUUACUAGAGAUAACAACUGGCGAGCCUCCUAUAAUACCUGAAAAUGGUCACAUUGUUCAACGUGUGAAGCAAAAGAUUGUCAGCGGUAACAUUAGCUCAGUUGCAGACGCACAUCUUGGAGGUGCCUACAAUGUUAGCUCCAUGUGGAAGGUUGUUAACAUCGCCAUGAUGUGCACAACAGAUAUAGCUACUCAAAGGCCAAAGAUGGGUGACGUGGUUGUGCAGCUGAAGGAAAGCCUAGACUUGGUGGAAGUUCAUGGGGACAGGGGAGACAUGGAAAACCUAGCAAGUGACACCAUGUCUUCGAUGUCGACAUUUGGUCCAUCGGCAAGAUGAUUAAAUACUACAUACCUAGCCUUGGCUUUCACUACAUUGAUGGAUCCCUGUGACAAGUCUAUACGAUACGAUGUGCAUGCACAGACUAUUUGUUUUGUUAAUGUCAAUAAUUGAUACAGCCGGUAUAAAACAUAGAUGUCAUGGUAGGAUCAUGAUAGGUGUGUAUAUGGCCCAUAAUAUAAAGUUUGCGUCUA